ACGUUUGUCCAAUUCGAUUAGGUUUUUUGAUAAAUUUAAUUAAAUUUAUAUAAAGACAUAUUGCAACAAACAUCAUCAAUUUACUGUUGAUAUCAUUUAACUAUUCAACAUUUGCCAUUUAAGCAACCAAGUUUACUUACAUUAUUAGAUAUUAAAGCAACAAAUCGUAUAUUUUAAUGCGCCAUUUGUCAAGGGAUUUCAUUUACUCAAAAAAUAUUAAGUAAAACAUUUGCUAAUAUUCAUUCGCAAUAAGAAAGUAUAAUUGAAAACAUCACAAUGCAGCAUCCACGACGUACUUCAGAAUUUCAAGAUGAACCUGGUACUGCAACAAAACGAAACUCUCGGAGCACUCAAAUGCGUCAAAGUCGCAUAGCACGACCACACUCAAUAGAUCGCCAAACCUUGGGACUGCCUAGCUCAGCAAAUCGUGGCAGUAGAAUCACACCCCAAAAGCAAGCGCAAAACAAUGGGUUUACGGAAGCGCCUGGUACUGCAAAUAAGUACACCACCAAAACGAGUCGCAUUGCGCGACCUUCUUCAGUGGAACGUCAAACAUUGGGUAUUCCUGGAUCUGCGCUGCGCGGCAGUCGCACCACACCACAAAAAACUCCAACUUCAAUUAGUAAAACAGCAACGCGUGUACUCUUCACAGCCGAAAAACAGCGAAAUGCUCAUAACGACAAGAAAUGGGUACAAGAAAGAGCCCAACAGAUUACGGAACAUUUGAGAAAAACAGCCAAGCCUGGUGCCGUACACGGACUACCGUGUGAAUUCUUCGCGCGUAGUGGUUGUCUACGUCAAAUGUCAACUAAACAAUUUAUAGGAAUAAUCAAUCAUUUUCUUUACUAUAUCUGGGGUACACGAUUCACUGUAGGCAAUAAUUACAUCGAUGAUAUUAUUAAUAUAAUGCAAAAACUACAAUAUCCACAUCAAGUAAAUAAGUCAUGGUUAAAGACGCCAAAUACAACACACUCAUUUGGAUUUGUAAUUCAACUAUUUGACUUCUUCAUGGAUUUUGUGCCACCCCAUGAUGAGGAUGAAAUAAAUGAUAUAGAAUUUGAUUUUGAGGAUCCUGAAACUCUAACACAAAGUUCGCUUAUGCAAGAAUCGCCGGAUGCAGAUUUUACAGCAUUAGUUUUACAAAAUUCCGAAGAAGGUUUUAAGCUCUGGGAUAAACAAUUAGAUGAUGAUCUACAUAAUCUGAAACAGCAGACGUGUGAUGUGCUAAUUUACAAGCGCUGUGGUCUACAAGGUAUUACAGCGCUAGAUGCACAGUUAGAAGAACUAAAAACUGAUCUUAGUGACGAAGAGAAAAAACGACCUAAAAUAAGCGAAGAAGAGGAAGAACGUUGUAAUCGCUUAGAAACUGAACUUAAAGAAAUACAAGAACAAAUACAGACAGCACAAGAAAGUUUAGAAAUAAUAACUAAUAAAUUAACAGAAUUACAAGAGGAGAAAAACGAAUAUAAAUUCGAACACACACAUCUAGAAAAAAAAGUAGAACAAAUACAAAAAAUGCUUUCUACACAAACGGUUAGCGUGGACCGACGUGAUGCCCUUAUAGAGGAGUUAGAACAACGUAAGUACAUGUUACAACGAAUGGAACGUACUUUACGUGAUCUGGAAGGUAGUCAACACCAUCAACAAGUUUUAGUAUCACGCCACAAAAAACAAUUGACCGAUCAAAUCGUCAAAUAUAACGAUCAUAUACGCAAUAUAAGUUGCACCAAACUACAAUGUGAUGAGAGUGUAUUGCAGUUGCCUCUCAAUCCGCAGCUUGAGGAUGUUAAAGAACGCAUAAAAAUGUUGGAAGCAACAUACGCGAGUGUCCAAAACCAACUACAACAGAUGAUACAGCAAAAGCAGGUACUUGAUAAGCAAGCACUUCAACUGAAUCACAAUAUAAAUACAAAUUUAAAACCAAAAUGUGCUGAGCUUGAGAUGGCAAUAAAACACGUAGAGCGUGGCAGUAAAGAAAUUGCAAAACAAAUGCAAACACAAUGUACCGUUCUGGAUGCACAGUUGCAUAAACUAGAGGAACGUAUACAACAGUUACAAACUGAUUGCAAGUCAUUAAAGAAUACAAAGCAUGAGAAACACAUGGCAUUAGAAAAAUUAGAAAAACAAAAUGAAGAUUUAAUGAAUCGCGCUGAAUUGGAAUACAAAACGGUUGCCGAUGAACGCGAAGCAUAUCUUAAUGAAUAUGAGACGAAACUUGAGCAAGCAAAUCAGAUAUUAUUGCAAUUCGUUGAAGAAAUAGAGCAACGCGAAACAAUGCUGAAACGAAUCGAGGAAGAGGAGGUAAAAACUUAAUUAAAUACAUUUUAUAUUAUAUAGUAAUGAAAUGGAAUUUAAUUUAUGAUCUUUGUUUUAUCUCUCAAUAUUAAAUACACAAUAAUUUAUUACAAAUGCAA